AUGACGCGUGGCCGUCGUCUCUUGCCACUGCUGCUCGUGCUGGCGGGUUAUGCCGCGCUGUCGGCAGCCGGCAACGACUACUACGAGAUAUUGGGCGUCACUCGCGACGCGACGUCCGUUGAGAUCAAACGCGCGUUCCGUAAACUGUCGCUGAAGCACCAUCCAGACAAGAAUCCCGGCGACGCCAGUGCGGCGAAAAAGUUUACGGAAGUAGCCAGCGCCUACGACGUGCUGUCGGACAAGGAAAAGAAGGCCAAGUACGACCAAUACGGCGAAGAUGGACUGGGCCAGACCGGCGACGGUGGUGACAAUGACGCGUUUGACAUUUUCUCGCAGUUUUUUGGCGGCGGUCGUCGGCGUCGACAGCAGGAGCCGUCGCGAGGUCCCGACGUGGUGAUGCCGCUCCGGGUGUCGCUCGCUGAUUUGCACAAGGGCAAAAGUCUGCAGUUUUCUAUCCGUCGUGAGACAAUUUGUCAUCAUUGUCAUGGCAAAGGAGCAGCUCAUGAGGAAGACAUUCACGUGUGCUCGGAGUGUCGUGGUCAAGGUGUAAAGACGACGACGCGACGGGUCGGCAUGGGCUUUAUCCAGCAGUUUCAAACCGUGUGCGAAAAGUGCCACGGGAAGGGCAAGAUCUAUACGAGCUCGUGUCCAGUAUGUGGCGGCCGUAAAGUGGAGAUGGCCGACUUGAACUUUGACGUGGAGCUGGACAAGGGCACCCCUGACGGAUUUGAGAUCGAGCUGGAGAAUUAUGCCGACGAGAUUCCCGGCCAACCGGCAGGCCAUGUGCGUCUCCAGGUACUGACGGUGCCGCACCCGAUUUUCACGCGCGACGGCGACGACUUGUGGAUGGACAUGCACAUAUCGCUACGUGAGGCACUUGUGGGCUUUCGUAAAACAGUCACACACGUAGAUGGGCGACCAGUGGAAGUCGUGCGGGACGACGUCACGCCUCCUCGCUUCGUUAUGGCGCUGGAAGAUGAGGGUAUGCCAAAGCAGCAUCGUCCUUCCGAAAAGGGACAGUUGCAUAUCAAGUUCUCAGUGCAGUUUCCAGAAUCGCUUUCGGAGGAGCAGAAAGUUGGCUUUCGCGAGCUGUUCUCGAUGGAGUGA